AUGGCUGUGGAAAGCUGCUGUUUACCAAAACGAUCAGCCCCGUCGACUGUCUUACAAGUUACGUUAGUACCAUGGGAUCCAGAUUCAGAACACCACGUCCGUCGGUUGAUUUUGCAGCGCAUCGCUUGCGGAUGGCACCAAGAGUUUGUUGAGGGAGAGUGGAGCAAAUUGCAACGACAAGGACAUAAGUCGCUCCAGUGGAUUGUUCUCUCUGAUGCAGACCCCGCCACAAAGGCCGAGCUGCUAAAACGACAUAUUGAUGCGUUUCCAGAAGAAGGAUCACCAUUAAUAGAUUCUGCGCACUCACUAGGCGGAAAAGUAAGGAAGGAUUCGGAUCAUCUAGCGGGAUCUUUCAUUCCUGUAGGACACAUCUCCCUCGACGGCGAUGGCGCAGAUCCCGCAGGCCCGCUCUCAUACGGGCUCAAAGACGUGUACAGGAUUGCGAACUUCUACGCCUCCUGGGAGCUUCAAUCCACUGGACUUGGGAGGGCGGCAAUGGAUGCCUUAGAGAAUAUGGCAGUUGCAGAACCGUUGUUUGCAAAGACGUUGGCGUUAUGCGCCAUUUCAGAUGAAACCGAUCAGGACGAGGAGAGAAAUACCGCUCUUGGGCGGCCGAAAACUGGUGUACUUAUUAGCCUUGGUGCUGCAUCUUUUUAUCGACUGUAUCCGAUCCCUACUGCUGGUGCCGUUUGUACUAUCAGGUCGUAUUCUCUCGGUACUGCCAGCCGUUGCUUCUACCGCUCACAUCCAACUUCCUCGACAGCACAGGAGAUCCAGGAAGGUCAGGGACUGUCUGAACUUGGCGAGGACUCUGUCCAUUUAAAGGCACAAUUACAGUCUGUACACCCUUCUAAGGUCAAGAUCUGUUCCGAGAACCCGGAUGAUCAGCCUGAUAUUCACGACCCUCAGCCACAAAGGGUUUGUGUAGAUGAUCAAAUACUCUUUUUCAAGUCUGCCGACAGGUCCAGCCCGCGAGAUACGAUAAACGCCAUCAAGAAAUACCUACGGAUAGCCGACCUUGGCCCUGAUAUACGUACCUCCCAGCUUUAUGGCAUUAUCGUAGACGACAAGAACCCACUCAUUGGACUACUAUUUCAUUAUGUUGAAGAAGAAAGUACGCUAGCAUUCGCCGUCGAACCUAGAACGCCAGCGACUCUGAGACAGCAGUGGUUAACCCAAAUCACAGACACACUAAUGAGGUUACAUAGAGCAGGAGUUGUGUGGGGGGAUGCAAAACCUGAUAAUGUUCUUAUUGAUGAACAUAGUAAUGCUUGGAUCAUUGAUUUCGAAGGCGGUUAUACACAUGGCUGGGUCUAUCGCGACAAAGAAGGGACUGUAGAGGGAGACUUGCAGGGGUUGGCAAAUAUUGUUAAUUUUAUCUUCGAGAAGACGGGAUCUGAACAUUCAGCUGACGAUGAAUACAGCCAUCGGUAG